CGAAAGAUGACGAGUGAGGAUGAAUGAACCGGGGAUCGGAGAGGAGGGCGAAAGGGUUGAGGUGGAGGGUGUGUGCAACCUGUCAGCACCAGACACAGCACCUGAGCUUGAAAUGGCUACAGGUGUUGGUGAGACUGGACCGCUGGUGUUCCGCCUCCAUGAAGGGGCACCUGAGCUUGUGCGAGAGGUGCUUCUGGAGAGAGGCUGGCGGGAGUUUGCAGAACAACGGCAGGAGGAAGGAGACUGGAACCUCUAUUGGCGAUCAGCCGCCUUCCGCAACGCCGACUAUGACAAGAUCAUGCCCUGGCAGAGACUCAACCACCACCCAAAGACAGUUGGCAUUGCCCGCAAGGACUGGCUGGCACGGAAUUUAAGAAGAAUGAGGGGCACUUUUGGAUCAGCACUGUACAACUUCAGUCCGAUAUCUUUCAAUCUCCCUAAUGACUACAUUCGAUUUUUGGAGGAGUAUUCAAAGCACCGGCUAGCAAACGGUGGCGAGGGUGCAUACUGGAUUUGCAAGCCAGUGGAUCUUUCGAGAGGGAGAGGCAUAUUCAUUUUUGAGGACAUUAAAGACUUAGUUUAUGACUGCUCUGUCACUGUACAAAGAUACAUUAGCAAUCCUCUUUUGAUAUCAGGCUAUAAAUUUGACCUUCGAAUAUAUGUUUGCGUGAAGAGCUUCAGCCCCCUGACAAUCUACAUGUAUCAGGAAGGUUUGGUUCGUUUUGCCACUGAAAAAUUCAACCUCGGUGCUCUGAACAAUCUCUACUCUCAUUUAACCAACACUAGCAUAAACAAACUGGGACCCUUCUAUUCUACGGACAAAGAACACAUAGGCGAGGGCUGUAAGUGGACGCUGAGCAAAUUCCGCUGCUUCCUGCAAAGCUUGGGGAUCAAUGAGCUACUGCUUUGGCAAAAGAUUAACAACAUUGUGACCCUGACUCUUCUGGCCAUCGCCCCAUCCAUUCCCUCCCGUCGUAACUGUAUAGAGCUGUUUGGCUUUGACAUCCUAAUUGAUGAAAACUUCAAGCCAUGGUUGCUGGAAGUAAACUACAGCCCUGCUCUCUCGCUGGACUGUUCUGCCGAUAUAACUGUGAAAAAAGGACUCAUUAAUGACCUUGUUGACCUUAUGAACUACAAGGAAAUCGACUGCCUUCGCCAACGGGGAUAUUUGAAACAAAAAUACAAGAGGCCUUGCUAUUUGGGAAGUCAGGCCCUGCCGCCAAGAAGUCCUCAGGUACUCCUGCUUCCAAGAUGUCUGUGUAAGGAGUCAAUCUCUGAGAAGUGUCCGGGUCAUUCACACUUGUCAACCAGGGCGGGAUCAACAGAUUCUUUUGCGACUGCACACCAACCAUCUCAGGAUGGUUCAAAUGAGAACCUAAAUUGUGCCCUGCAAUUAAGUCUAGGAUCAAGUUUAAAACCAGUCGCUCUGCGUCAUGGAUGCAGGAAGCUGCGCUUGUCUCAUUUACAGAAGCCAGAGACAGUUGACCAUUCAAGGGCACAUGAUUUGGGGUCAGAGAAUGAGAGCAGGUCCUGUAUUUCAACUCCUGAUAAACGGACAGUUAAGAAAAACCCAAAGCAAAAAUCAAGCAGCUUCCUAAAGCUACCACCAAUUCACGGACAUAAAUAUAAGCCUCCAAUUUAUCCUUGGGAUAACAAAGUUAAAAUCCCUGGGGUGCCCCUGAGCCGCGUGGGUGACUUCAUUUUGACAUUUCCCUUCAAUGACGUAACCCUUAGAGCCUCACAGGCGCUCAACAUCAAGAUGGCUGUGCAGGAAGUUUACAAACUUACCAAGCUCAUCCAUUCCUGUCAUCACAAGGGGAAGCGAAGGAAAGAGGACACUGACAGACAGUCAGGGGGAGAAGGCAAGCUGGAGUUCCUGCUCUGGGGGCCAAGGAACCCCCCUUCACUGACUUCACUGAGUGACUGCUGCUUGAAAACAUGAUCUACCAUUUCAUUUUAUCUAAAAACUGAAAAAGGGGUGCAUCACAGGAGCAGGAAAAAAAACACCCAGUUCUUUUUUUUAAAAUUGACAAUAAAUUACCCGCAGCUCUUUCCA